AGAGGGCUCCACAGCUGCACCCAGGCAGGGCGAGUGACAGCAGCCACGCGCGUGCAUGCGCUCUCCUGCGCCCCCCCCUUCUCUCCCUCCUUCCUGCCUUUGCUGCACAUCGCUGCUGUCGCUGGGCUGGAAAUGUAGCAGAGAGCCUGCCUGCGCUCCCUAUUCACUGCCUGCCAUUGUGCAUCUUGCCUCUGGUCCUAUCUGCUUGCCUGGCCCGCAUCCCUUAGUGGGAGAUUGGCCAAGCUUUGUGGAGGAAGCCUUUCUGCUGCGGCUUGCUGUGACUGGUCCCUUUGGCUCGGAGGUCUUUUCAGGUAGUGCUGAGGGCUGGCCAUGACUGACACAGUGGUUGGCAACAGCACCAAUCAGUGGGUAUACCAAAACGACCGGCAGAUGGCCCUUCGAGGCGGUGGGAAAGAACCGUCCUCCAGCGGUUGGUCAGCCCACAGCAACCAGCCAGAGCAUGGCCGGAAGAAUGAAGAUCUGACGGACGAGGAGAAGGAGAUCAUCAAUCGGGUCAUCGCUCGGGCGGAGAAGAUGGAGGAGAUGGAGCAGGAGCGCAUCGGGCGUCUCAUGAACCGCUUGGAGGACAUGCGCCGGAACGUGUCAGGUGAUGGGGUGAACCGCUGCAUCUUGUGCGGGGAGCAGCUUGGGCGGCUGGGCUCGGCCUGUGUGGUCUGUGAGGACUGUAAAAAGAACGUCUGCACCAAAUGCGGCGUCCAGACGACCAACAACCGCCCCCAUUCCAUCUGGCUGUGCAAGAUUUGCAGCGAACAGAGAGAGGUAUGGAAACGUUCUGGAGCGUGGUUCUUCAAAGGGCUGCCCAAGCAGAUGUUGCCUCAGCCGAUGCCUAUCACCAAGGAAAAAGGGCAACCAGAGCCUGGUGACCAGGCACCUCCCACUCAGGACUCAAAGCCGUAUUCUCGGGUGCAGAGACAUGGCCAAGCUGAAGCACCUCCCCCCAUGGAACAGGAAUCCUAUGAAAGCGAGCCAACAGAGGCUUCCAGCCGGGGAAACUACCCGCCAGUGAGCCGCAAACCUUCUGAGACCCGGAUGGCAGGAAGUGGCAGUGAAUACACUGGCAAAGGGACUGGAAGCCGGGAUUACGUUGCUGAGAAUGAAAUCCACCAAAGCCCUGGAGGUACCAAGCGAGCUGGUUCUACUCCUGGGACUGCGGCGAGGCCAUUUUCUCCGGCUUCUGCUCCAAAUGCCUCUGCUCCACAGGCCGACCAAGCUCCUUCCACAGCAGGCAGACAAAGUCCGGGCCCCGCUGGCCGCUUUCCAGAAAGGCAAGGUAGCCUUUCAAUGGCUCCCACCCAGGCUGAGCCAUCCUAUUCAACCCCAGGCCCCUCCAGGGAUGAGCACCCAAGCUCUGGUAUGGCAGAGAAGCCCAUGCGGCAGGUGGCACCGUAUUCCCAAGCUGCUGCCGCACCGGCUGCGCCAACUCCUUCCAGGCCACCUCCACAAGACGAGGAUGAGGACGAGGCCAACAGCUAUGACUCCGACGAAGCCACUACCCUGGGCGCCUUGGAGUUCAGCCUCUUAUACGACCAAGACAAGAGCUCCUUGCAGUGCACCCUCAUCAAGGCCAAGGGCCUGAAGCCAAUGGACUCCAAUGGGCUGGCAGAUCCUUACGUGAAACUUCAUCUUUUGCCGGGGGCCAGUAAGUCAAACAAACUGAGGACCAAGACCUUGAGGAACACCCGAAAUCCGGUUUGGAAUGAGACUUUGGUGUACCAUGGCAUCACCGAUGAGGACAUGCAGAGGAAGACGCUCAGGAUCUCAGUGUGCGACGAGGACAAGUUUGGCCACAAUGAGUUCAUUGGUGAGACCAGAGUGGCCUUAAAGAAGGUGAAGCCAAACCAGAAGAAAAAUUUCAACAUCUGCUUAGAAAGAGUCGUUCCGAUGAAACGGGGUGGAACGACUGGCUCCUCACGUGGGAUGGCCUUGUACGAAGAUGAGAUGGACCAAGGUGGUGAUGUCGAGGAGCGGGGAAAGAUCCUGGUCUCUCUCAUGUACAGUACCCAGAAAGGGGGGCUCAUUGUCGGUAUCAUCCGCUGCGUCCACCUGGCUGCCAUGGAUGCCAACGGCUACUCAGACCCCUUUGUGAAAAUUUGCUUGAAGCCUGACAUGGGGAAGAAAGCCAAGCAAAAGACGCAAAUCAAGAAGAAGACUUUAAACCCUGAGUUCAAUGAGGAAUUUUUCUAUGAUAUCAAGCACAGUGAUCUGGCCAAGAAACAGCUCGAUGUCUCGGUUUGGGAUUAUGACAUUGGCAAAUCUAAUGACUAUAUUGGUGGCUGCCAACUGGGCAUCACAGCCAAAGGUGAGCGCUUGAAACACUGGUACGAGUGCCUGAAGAACAAGGACAAGAAAAUUGAGCGCUGGCAUGCCUUACAGAACGAGAACCACGUCUCAAGUGACUAGGGGACACCCCCUGUGCCAUCUCCCUCCCAGUAACACCCCCCCCCCAACAUCCUGUCUUCCAAUGCAUCAAUGUUUCUUUGGCUCCCGGAGGGGAACAAAAGAGCCCCUGUCUCCCACCUCCAUUAUGGGAGCAGCAUUUUUCUCCUCCUCUUCCUCUUCCACCUCCUUUGCCGUCCCCACCCAAGGGUGCCAAACUGGUUCCCCUUUCUGGUUUGUAUUGUUCCCCCAUCUGCCCUGCCUUCUCCCCCUCUGUAUAGAUUUUUCAAGCAAUAGCACUGAAAAUCUUGAGUUUGGCGUUUGCUUCUCGGCAGCAAAAAGACCACCGUCCUCUCCGUCCCUGACCAAUGCCAGUGUGCUUUCUCCUCUUUGCCAAAGGCAUCUGUUCUCGAAGUGUCCUUGAAUCUCUGAGGCCCCUCUCUUCCUGUUUCCACCUUCUGCAUGCGGAUGUCCCUUCUUUGCCUCCUCUUUGCAACCUUGAGAUACUUCGAGCAUUGCUAACAGGGAAAAAAAUGCACGGCUAUGGGUCUUGGAUCGGACUGCUUUGAGCAUGGGGGCAGCCGAUCACGAUGCCGACCACGGCGACAGCGGCUGGAUCGCGUGGGUCUUUGGGAAUCUAAGCAAAAAAGAACUGUUUCUGCUUUGGGGGGCUGCAGGGGGGGGAGGGGGUCUUUCUGAUUUGUAGCAUCGCUUCAUCCCCGGUUUUUCUAGUAAUCCAGAGAAGGCCACCUUUCAUUUCAAUGUGGUUCUUGGCAACUUCUCAUAUCAACCCUUGAACCUGGAAAGGCCAGACAUCCCUAGUCAACAACUAUAUGGGCGAAGAGGUCAACCCAAGCUGAGUUGUGGGAUUCCAUUUGCUCCUGUUGGGCAAGGCCCAUCUCCGUGCCAAUGAUCUUUGUCUGGGAAAUGUUUUACUCAGCUUGCAUCCUAUUGUUUGUGAAUUUUCUGAACAAAACGGAGGGCUAGUGUUCUCCAGGAGGGCUUCUCAGAAUCAAAACCACCAGGCAGAGGAUGAAGCAUUGACAGAUCAUGUAUUCCUAUUCCAUCGCUUGUGUGCAAUGGCUGAGGACAGACUGAAGAAGAAACCCAAACCUGAGGUUUCAGAGAAUGUCAGAUAGGACAACCUGGUCCACUUUGGUCUAUGGUUGGUCAAAAGGUUUCUUCCUUGGUCUCCCCAAAGUUCUCUCCUUUAGCUGGAACUUGGAAGUAGCAACAAUAUCCCUUCCUGGCAACAGUUGCUGGGAUCCAUCAGACCUGGCAGUAUGAGCAGCCCAUGGAAGGGAAACUCAAUUCAACCAAUGAUGUUGGCAAUGAAACCUGGUGUUCUUCCUCUUCUGUGCCCUUGCAGUGGCACUUGAGCGACCUCUUUCCCACGUAACUUCCUAACUCUGCUACCCGUUCCUAGAUUGGCAAGGCAUGGGAAAAGUGCUUCUCUUGGCCUCAUGUUCCCAGUUUCAGAAAUUCUGUAGCUUCAAGCCAAUGAUGCAUUUAAGAAGCAGCAACAACAAAAACUUCUUCCUCCUCCUUCUUCCUUGUUCUUUCUCUUCGAAUGCUCCUCCUCCUACUCUUUUUCCUUCUCUUUGAACCUUCUCCAUCUUUCUCCAGGAACAUCUUCUCCGUCUUCAAAUGUCUCCUCCUCCUCCACUUCUUUUUGCUCUUUGAACUUUCUUCUCUGUCCUCCAACAAGGUCUUCUCAGUCUUCAAAUGUCUUCCUCCUCCUCCUCUCCUUUUUCCUCUUGGAACCUUCUUCUCCCUCCUCCUCCAAGAACAUUUUCUCCAUCUUCAGAUGUCUUCCUCCUCCUCCUCAUCUUCCUCUUUGAACCUUCUUUUCCGUCCUCCAACAAGUAUGUCUUCUCUGUCUUCAAGUGUCUUCCUCCCUCUUUUUCUUCCUCUUUGAACCUUCUUCUCCGUCCUCCUCCAAGAACAUCUCCAUCUUCAAAUGUCUUCCUCUUCUUCUUCUUCUUCUUCUUCUUCUUCUUCUUCUUCUUCUUCUUCUUCUUCUUCUUCUUCCUCUUUGAACCUCCUCCAAAAAUGUCUUCUUUGUCUUCCUCCUCUUCCUCCUUUUUGAAACGUCUUCUCCAUACUCGUCCAAGAACACCUUCUCUGUCUUCAAAUGUCACCUCCCCCUCCUCUUUGUCUUCUUCUUCUUCCUCCCCUUUGAACCUUCUUCUCCAUCCUCCUCAAAGAAUGUCUUCUCUGUCUUCAAAAGGUCUUCCUCCUCCUGCUCUUCUUCUUUCUCUCCCUUCCUUCUUUUCAAAGUUCUCCUUAUUUCUCUCUUCCUGCCUCCUUUUCUUCUUUCCUCCUCUUUGACUUUCCUCUUCACAUGUCUUCCUCCUUCUCCACUUCUUCUUUUUCAGCCUCUUCUUUCAUCUCCUCUUACCUUCAGGGAGUCAACAGGAAGAAUCAUUGUGUAGACUCCUUUUGCCGGUGACAAGAGUGUGGUGAAAGCUCCACCUUGGUGGCUUUUAAACAGAGGCAUCCAGCCAUCCAGGCCAUCUGUCAGGGCUGCUUUGAUUGUGGUUUUCCUGCAUAGCAGGGGGCAGGCUUAGAUGGCCUGCCCCCUGCUCUUCCAACUCUAUGAUCCUAUGAUUCCAUCCUAUUGGUUAGUUCCAACAAGAGUAAGCCCAUUGAAUCCACAGUUACUCACCUCUGGUUUAGCGCAUUUACCACUGGAUCAUUGGGUGGAAUGAUUUCUUUGACGUGCUCUCUGAAUCUGAUUUAAAACUGUCCCAAGCCCGUGGCUGGGGAGGGCACAGUAGGAGAACAUUGCCCCCCAAGAAGAAUCCUGCCCCUCCAAAUGAGAUUUUCUUUUCUCCCUAUAUUUUACAGCAUCCCAGAGAGCGAGAUGCUGGAAAUGAUUCAUAUCUGGCAGUCGUUCCUCUUGGUCCCUUUUCUUGGAUGCUGAAACUCGAUUCCUAAAAGCUCAACACGCUUUUAAAGUGACUGGGAUGCUCCAAACUGGGUAGGAAAAUUUUGUUGGAGGGCAUUCUUAUUUGAAAGGCAAUGCCUCUUCCUUGUGGUUUCCCCUACAUCCCUGUGCCCUUUUAUGGCUAUUCAGUAGGAUUGUGGGAAAGGCUGUUAGGUUAGGCAUCGGAUGAGCCAAGCUGAGCCAAGCGUUGGAAGCACCACUCCACCCCUCCCUCUUUACUCUUGCUGUCCAAAAAGAUAGGACAGGAGAGAAUCUGAAUAGAGAUGUCAGUCCAGCUGACCUAAGUCAAACUCCAUUUUUCUCAUUUCCUUUCGGCUUCAUCCUCCUUAAGGGAGCAUCCUCUUGGCGAGAGCCCUCUCUUUUUGUCUGAUGUAUUGUCAUUUUUGGGAUACUGUUUUGUAAGAUCAAUGUGAAAGUUCUCUUCUGGGGAAAAAUCCCUUUGGCUCUUUUCAAGAUUGAGUCCUAACUUCCUUUGUCCUUCCUUGGCAGUUUGUGACUGUUUGACCUCUGAGCCCUCUUCCUCCUUUCUUUGUAAAUAAGGCAUGCACGUCUGGGUCGGGAAUAGUGAAUCGCUUCCCGGAUCCCCAUCCGUCCAUCUCCCCCUCCUCUCCAACGAUUGCAUUCUCUCAAGCAUGCAACAACCUCACCAAAAUAAGUAACUAACUAACUUAACCAACAGUUGAUAACUAUCUAACAGCCAAUGUUACCAGUGAGACUCGAGAAACCCAGCUGGUCUUCUGCUGCAUGCAGGUGUAACGUCCCCCGUUUCUUCAUGUCAUACCCAAUAAAGUGUGAACAAAAGGGGGAAAACCUCA